GGACUUUACCGCGCAACUCCUCCUUUGCAUCGCUUAUCUGUUUCGCAUCAUGGUCCGCACGUCUGUCCUUGGCGCUGCCACGACGCUGGCGCUGGUGCUGCAGGCUGCCGACGCCAUGUUUGAGAGUAACCAGGUGUGCGAUGCGCGCGGCGACAUCUGCGCCAAGAAGGGAAAGGUCCUUGCGCCCAAGCGCGACUACAAGAUCUGGGCCAACGGCUGCGGCACCGAGUCGAUGGGCUUCCAGGUCAUGAACGACGACGGCUUCGACUUUACGUCCUGCUGCAAUUGGCACGAUGCGUGCUAUGGCGUGUGCGGCAUCGCCAAGGCCAUGUGCGAACGCAAGUUUGAAAAGUGCAUGAAAGACCUCUGCGCCCACGAGAGCGACGACGACGCGCAAAAGUCGUGCCAGUCGAUGGCCGAAAUUUACGCGAUGGGCCCCAAGCUCAUGGGCUGUCCUGCGUUUACAAAGGCGCAAAAGGAGGCGUGUACGUGCGUCGAGAAGGACAAGCUACCGGCCAAGAACCGCGCCCGCCUCGAGUACUUUGUCGCGACGCAUGCCAACGGCCUCGAGUCGGUCGACACGCUCUUUGAAAAAUACGCAGACAAGGCGCCCGUGAUGUUCUACCGCUUGCUCGGCAAGUACCCAAGUGCGCUCGUCAUCAAGGAAGCGCCCAAGACCAAGGAAAACUCCAUGUUUGAGCGCAUGAAGGCCGACAUUGCCAAGGAAAAAAAGGUCGACACGGAUGACGACACCAUCGAGCACAUUGAGCUGUAAAGACAUUAUUGUACAGCACACCACACUAGUGCCAGCCUUAGUACGUUCGGUGGUUUGAUCGAGAG